AUGGAGUUCUCUGAAAGCGUUGGAUCCUCCAGUCUUCCACCAGAUAUUACCGGCAGGACGGAAUGCUGUUUCUUCUUUAGGAGUAUCAGUUCUAAGCAGAUCUUCCCUGCUCAAUUUCUGCUGCUUCUAAGAAACCACCAACAACGUACCAUAACUAUUCGGGAAGGAUAUAGAACAUGGACUAUCAGUAUUUUAGAAAGUUGGUUUGGAGAAGGCUGGCAAGACUUCUGCGAGAAUAAUAUCAUCCGGGAAGAUGACACAAUGUUCCUUCGACAUUCUGGAAACUUGAUGUUCGACGUGCUCCAUUACUCAGCAACAAAAACGCAUGACUACUUACCUUGGACUCAUCCACUACCUAGUCUGUUAGAUACUCCAGAGCAUGUUAUGCUAAAAAAACAAAGAAUGCAGUGUCAGAAAGUAGCAUCGGCAAUGAAACCAGAUUUUGUUCAACACCUCGCUGAUGGUCUAUCAUUCUAUGAGAUCUUCACUGAGCAAAACCAACAUCAUUUUAAAGUGCCCAAAUUUGUAUCCUUCUUCAUACAUGGUGACAAAGCUCCUCUGAUCACCCUAAGAACUGGAAACAAGACAAUCACUCUUGGAAUGCGUCGGAGACAGUUUACAACAAAUUGGAACACUUUUUGUUUUGAGCAUCAGCUACAAUUUGGCGACGCUUUAGUAUUUAUCCCUGAAACAGAGUUCUGCUAUACUGUCCUAAUAUUCGACAAGCGUGGAGUCGAAAAGCUAUUCCCUUGGUACAACAAGUUCUGCAUCUUCUCUGAUGCACCAACCAGUAGAACUUAG